AUGAAGAAAUCCGAAAUGGGAAGGUUUAACAUUUCCCCGGAUGAGGACAGCAGCAGCUACAGUUCCAACAGCGAUUUCAACUACUCCUAUCCCAUCAAGCAAGCUGCGCUGAAAAGCCAUUACGCAGAUGUAGAUCCUGAAAACCAAAACUUUUUACUUGAAUCGAAUCUGGGGAAGAAGAAGUAUGAAACAGACUUUCAUCCAGGUACUACUUCCUUUGGAAUGUCAAUAUUUAAUCUGAGCAAUGCGAUUGUGGGCAGUGGAAUCCUUGGGCUUUCUUAUGCCAUGGCUAAUACUGGAAUUGCUCUUUUUAUAAUUCUCCUGUCAUUUGUGUCCAUAUUUUCUCUUUAUUCUGUCCAUCUCCUUUUGAAGACUGCCAAUGAAGGAGGGUCUUUAUUAUAUGAACAGUUGGGACAGAAGGCAUUUGGAUUGGUUGGAAAGCUGGCAGCCUCUGGAUCAAUCACAAUGCAGAACAUUGGAGCUAUGUCAAGCUACCUCUUCAUAGUGAAAUAUGAGUUACCUUUGGUGAUCCAGGCAUUAAUGAACAUUGAAGAUAAAACUGGGUUGUGGUAUCUGAAUGGUGACUAUUUGGUUCUAUUGGUGUCUUUGGUGCUCAUUCUUCCUCUGUCCCUGCUGAGAAAUCUAGGAUAUCUGGGAUAUACCAGUGGCCUUUCCUUGUUGUGCAUGAUGUUCUUUCUGAUAGUGGUGAUUUGCAAGAAAUUUCAGAUACCUUGCCCAGUAGAAAUUGCUUUGUUAAUUAAUGAAACAAUGAACAACACUUUAAGACAGCCGGCAACUCUUACAACUUUUAGGCCGAGUGGGACACUUAACAUAACUGAGGAAGAUUCUUGCAGACCACAUUACUUUAUCUUCAACUCACAGACUGUAUAUGCCGUGCCGAUUCUGACCUUUUCAUUUGUCUGCCACCCUGCUAUUCUUCCCAUUUACGAAGAGCUGAAAGACCGUAGCCGUAGAAGAAUGAUGAAUGUGUCCAAGAUUUCAUUUUUUGCCAUGUUUCUCAUGUACCUGCUUGCUGCCCUUUUUGGAUACCUGACAUUUUAUGGACACGUUGAGGCAGAAUUGCUUCAUACAUACUCUACUGUCAUGGCCACUGAUAUCCUUCUCCUCAUUGUCCGUUUGGCCGUGUUGGUGGCUGUCACCCUGACAGUACCAGUUGUUAUUUUCCCGAUCCGGAGUUCCAUAACUCAGUUAUUGUGUGCUGGAAAAGAUUUCAGUUGGUGGCGUCAUAGUCUCAUUACAGUGUCUGUCUUGGCAUUCACGAACUUGCUUGUCAUCUUUGUACCGACUAUUAGGGACAUCUUUGGUUUCAUUGGUGCAUCUGCAGCUGCUAUGUUGAUUUUUAUUCUCCCAUCUGCCUUCUAUAUCAAAUUAGUGAAAAAAGAAUCUAUGAAGUCUAUACAGAAGAUUGGGGCUGUGUUCUUCCUGUUAAGCGGCAUAGUGGUGAUGACUGGAAGCAUGACCUUGAUUGUUUUGGAUUGGGUGCACAAUGCCCCUGGGGGUGGCCACUAA